AAUUAUUCCCACCAGCUCGUCUGCCUCACUCCAAGGGAACAGGUGGUUGUGCCCAUUCGGGCCAUUGCAGCCCGAGCCAUCCUGGAGUUCCCUGAGCAGCUGGACUUCUCGCAGUGCCCGGUCAAGUACAGCACCCAGAAAACUGUGCUGCUUCGCAACGUCGGGAGCCUGGAAGCUCAUUUCCAGAUGAGCACCCAGAGUCCUUUCUCCGUGGUUCCAGCCAGCGGAACUCUGGGCGUUGGUGACACCAUGCAGGUGACAGUGGGAUUUCACCCGCUGACAACUGGUGACCAUUCUGGGUCCCUGGCAGUGUGCUGCAACACAGGUGAAAGAAUCCACACAAACCUUCACGGAGAAGCUGUAGAUGUUGCCGUUGAGUUGAGCACAAAUUCCGUGAAGCUUGGGAAGACUUUCAUCACCAUGUCAAACUACACAACCAUGUUCAUCAGAAACAGGAGUAACAUCACAGCCCACUUCCAGUGGAAGGCUUUUCGUACUGAGGAAGAUGAGGCUGAAGAGAAGAGGAGGCAGUGCUACUUGCUGCAGCCACUGAACGAGGCGCCGCUGAAAACCUCCAUUGGGGAGGAAAAUAUAGAGCAGGAGAUGGCAAAGGUGCAAGAAGACCCCAUGCUGUUCUCCGAUGACAUUUUUUCCAUUGAGCCAAUGGAGGGAGAGAUUGGGCCUAAUCGUUGUGCCAAAAUCAAGGUGACCUUUAAACCCCUAGAAGAACUAGAGUAUCGAAGUGUGGCUUACUGCGACAUCUCAGGCUGUGAGAGCAGGCUGCCCCUGCGCCUCAGAGGGGAAGGCCAAGGACCCUUGGUUGAACUCAGCAAUCGUACACUCAACCUUGGGAACAUUUUACUCAACACUCCCUACGUCUAUGAGGUGAAACUGAUUAACCAAGCAGCUAUUGAUGCUCCCUUCACCUAUAUCCAUACAACUGCAAAUGUGGGCUACUGCUUCAAAUUUGCACCUGAGAAGGGCACCAUUGCACCAGGUGGGAUCCAGACCAUCCAGAUCUCCUUCAAUGCCAACAUACUGGGGAGCUUUGAGGAACAAUUCCAGUUCAUUGUGGCUGGAUCUCCUACGUCUGCAAUCCUGACAAUCAAGGGGUUUGUCACUAGACCGAGUGUACACUUUGACAUCGAGGAGAUCGACUUCGGUGACAUUUCCUUUGGCUUUCCCUACACCAAGACCUGUCGCCUCACUAACCCCUCCCCAGUGCCCCUGACGUUCAAGCUCCGCAUGUCUGACGAUGGCACACAGCCUGCUGUUAAUUGCUUUGAUCAAAUACGCAAGCCUAAUGACCCAUCCUGGAGGGACGGAAUUCAUUUUGAUGUGGAGCCAAGGGAGUUUACAAUGAAUCCCAGCCAAGGGACCAUCCUUCCCUGGGAACACCAGGAUAUCGAGGUGACCCUGUGUCCCAAAACCGUGAUGGAAUUCUACCGGAGAAUGCUGGUGGACCUGGAGGGUAUUGGCAAUGGAGUGGCAUCACUGACCAUCACAGCCAGAUGUCUCGUUCCUGAGCUGCAAGUGUACCCCCAUGUCCUGCUGUACGACGAGUGCCGCCUGAAGGUGCCAUACGAGAGGAAGUUCCUCGUUGUGAAUAACACCGACCUUCCUGGCUGCUACGGGCUCAUUCCCCAGAAACACAAGGAGGACACUCCUGUGUUCUACUCCAGCCGCAAACCCUGUGGGAUUGUCCAGCCUCACAGCGUUGCAGAGAUUCCAGUUGUAAUCGAAGUCCAAAGAUUGGGCAAGCAUCGCACCGAUGUUCUUGUCGGAGUGUUCGGGGAUGAGAGAAACCCACGGCCGCUGUGGAUGGAGCUGCAGCCAGGCGAGUCUGCGGACGUGGUGCUGCAAGGCUUCUCCCGCAUCCUGCAGGAGGUGCAGGAUUAUGUGAUGUGUGGAGCUGUCAUCGGGACAACUGGCAGGUUGGAGAGAAUAAUAGAAACAACCAUUACCUGCAAGUUUAUUGAUCCUUCAAUAGAAAUAUCAGCCAGACAAUUCUCUUUCCGGGUGGAGAAGAAACCCAGUGAUGUCCUAGCUCUGCAGUACAAGCCUUUGUCUUUAAAAAACACCUGCCCCCUGCCACUGGACCUCAUGCUGGAAGUGGAACAGCCAUUUCUGAUCUGCGAUGUGGACCAGCAGCCCCUCCCAGAUGAGCAGCUUGUGACACUGGAUGUAGGGCAGACCUGCCAUCUCUACGUGGCAUUUGACCCAGCUUAUGAACUGGACUUUAGUAGCUGGAAGGAAGAGAAGGUGCUGAAGAUAAACAUGGUCAAUGGCCAUCCUUAUAUGGAGUGUAUCUCCCUUCGGGGAGAAGCCCACUUCCCCAAUCUCCAGAUCCAGCCCAGCAGCCUGGAGUUUGGCUGCAUCCUGGCUGGCACUGAAGAAGUGCGUUCUCUGGAGAUGACCAACUGCAGCCCCCUGCCUGUCCAGUACCACUGGUCAUUCCAUCCGGACAGCCAGGUGCUGCCAUCUACUUCUGAAAAGUAUUACAUCCCACUAGGCUUGGGGGGAUUCAGGUUAUCCACGGAUGUACCGUGCACUCCCCUCAAAGUGGAGAAGGCUUUCAGUAUCCUGCCGCAGUCGGGUGUGCUGCAGCCGGGAGAGAGACAGCGAGUCUCCUUCACCUUCUCUGGCCACCCCGACACCCUGGCCAGUGCCACGGCCCUGUGCCACGUGGAGGGAGGCCCCACCUACGAGGUGGAGCUGACUGGGGAGGCCUCAUGUGUCAGCUACUCCCUGAGCCACAGGAAGAUCAACUGCGGCUCUCAGAUGUUUAAUGAAACUCAUCACAGCACAGUCACCCUGGCCAACACUGGCAAGAUUAAAUUCAACUGGCUGCUAAACCUUAGCACUGCAGAGCAGUAUCUGCCUGGAGUGUUUCUGGUCAACCCCACUGCUGGCUCCAUUGCACCUGGUGAGAAGGAAGUGCUGAAAUUCUCUUACAUGCCAGGGGUACCAGGAGCCUUCAGCAGGACUUUCCAGCUUAAAGUGGGUGACCUGGAGCCAGAAAAUAUCUGCCUGAAAGGAGAAGCAUUCUUUCCCAUGAUCACUGUGAACCUGCCCUGGAACAUUGAAGGAAAUGAAAAAUAUGAACCCCUGCAACAAUACAGUCAGAGGAGAAAAUCAGCUCUUCAGAAGAAGACUCAGAGCCCAAAGACUGGGACCUUGAAGACUUGGAACCUGAAGCCCCGCGUGCCUGCCUCUGGCAUUGCAUCAAACGCUCAGCUGCAGAUAGAGACGGUGAUGAAGCUGGUACAGGAGCCUGCUCUGGAGCUGCAGGAAAAGCUCCCAUUCCAUCCCCCACACAGCAGGUUCCCUGACAAGGAGCUGUGCCAGAGUCUUGUCAAAGUUGAGCUGCCUGAGUAUGUCCUGGACAUGGGUGCUGUAAGAAAGGGUUACCCUGAGAGACGUACUCUGGCCAUCACCAACCCUGGGCAGAUCCCAGUGUCCUUCCAGGUCGAUGUGUCUGCCCUGCAGGACACAGGUUUCAGAGUGAAUCUGGACCAGAUACAGGACCUGCCUCCCAGACACACCGUAACGAUGGAAGUGUGCUUUGAAAGUACCCACCAGUCACGGGGUGACGUGGAUGUGCUGCUGCCCAUAGAGGUACCACAGCUCUUGGGGCAGGCAGCAGGUGGCAAAAGACCCCACAUAUAA